AUAGUUGUAGAGAUAAUUGUGAUGAUGACUGUAAAGGUGCUUGUAAAGGUGCAUGUAAAGAUAUUUGUGAAGGUACUUGUAAUAGUGAUUGUGAUUGUAGUUGUGGCGAAGAAUUAGUUAGUAAUUAUAAACUAUUACUAUUAAAUGAUAAUUGA